AUGUCUCUGCGGCCGAGUCUACAGACCGCCUGUCGAGCGCUCGCGCUGCGCUCCCGACCCCUGACCCAACGACAGGAACCUCUGGUCUGGGCGGCGACGAAACGAGCAUACUCUGACGAGCUGCGCAAGGGCGAACGGAGUCAGAUUCCGGCGUUGAAGAAGACCGAGAAUGCGGCUUUUCCUCAGGGCCAGGAGGUCCCUGAAUCUGCGCCGGGACAACAGCAGCCAACGAAUGAGGCCCUCGAAGCUGCUGCGGCACUGAGCGAGCUCGCGGAGGCGGCAAAGGGGCAUAGUGCCGGUCUCGAGGGCGGUCUGACGGAGGCCCAGGAGCAGUUUCUGUAUGCCGAGGGCGCCAUCCCACCUACACAAUCGGACGGCAACGGCCAGCGCGAUCUCGAGAUCAUAGCCGGCGGUGGACUUCUUGCGCAGGCUGGGGACGCCGAGGUCGCUCCGUCACGGUCGUACAAGUUCCCGCUGCCCACGCUUCCUCUGCCGCCCCAUAGCCACCUCAAGUCCCGGUACCACCCCGUGCUAGACCAAUUGACCAACCUGAUGAUGCGAGAUGGCAAGAAGGCCCAGGCGCAAAGAAAUAUGGCCAUGGUCCUUAACUUCCUGCGAACCUCCCCUCCCCCGAUCAUCAACCCGCGAUACCCGCUCCUCCCCGGCGCUCCGCCGCCAGCUCACCUCCCCCUGAACCCCGUGCUAUACCUCACAUUGGCCGUGGACUCCGUCGCGCCCCUCAUCAAGAUCCGCCGCAUCGCGGGCGGAGCCGGUGGUGGUCGACCCUUGGAACUCCCGGCCCCGCUGGCGGUCCGCCAGAGGCGGCGCGCGGCGUUCCAGUGGAUCCUGGACGUGGUCAACAAGAAGGCGUCCAAGGGGUCCGGCCGGACGCAGUUUGCGCACCGCGUGGCGGACGAGCUGAUUGCCGUCACCGAGGGGCGGUCGGGCGUGUGGGAGAAGCGGUUGGCGCUGCACAAGUUGGGUACGGCGACGCGUGCCAACUUGACCGCCAAGGUUGUGAAGCAGAAUAUGUAG